AGGACGGGCGUGCCGCGGCGCAACUCAAACUCUGCGGCGGAGGGGCGAGCGGAGGAGCAACUGGACCAAUAAAGAGGGACAGCGUGGGACCGGGGGUCCGAGGACACGGCGAGCGCCCGUGCAGCAGGAAAGCAGCUGUUCUGCUGCUGUUUGAAUUCAGAGAUGAGCGGUGGGCCUCAGGACUGGCAGGAUUAGGUGGAAGGCGCAGACCCCCCUGCGGAUCCUUUCUAAUUCCAGGCUUCAACAUCUGAGGACCUCAGCGGGAUUGGGAUUGAGAUGUCCUACGAGAGACGAGGGGCCACACUGCUGCCGGCUCAAAAGGUGGAUUUCUGCUUUGCCACUCGUGCCAUUCAGCUGUGGGUCUGCAGGAGCGCAGAAGAUGUGAGGCCUCCGCGUGGCGCAGGACAGGAGCAGGACGACGCAGAGUGCACUUGCCGUUGGCUGUGAGUGGCACGAGGCGGCAUUUGUUGAGAUUGGCAUGGGGGACCAGUCACUCUACAAGGCCAAUCACGUAGUGAACUGCACAGAGAGCAGCUAUUACCAGCUGCCACCCACCUCGGUGGCGGCCGGGGCCGGGGGCCUGAACCACAGCUAUGGCUCGACUGUCAUGGAGACCCCCCAGGCCUCCCCGGUGUCCUCUGCGUUUCCCCAUGACACGGGGAAGAAUUACCCAGAACUGAUAGAGACCACCAAAACCGGCGGCUCGUGGCCCAGCGCGGGCAACCACCUUCGGAACAGUCUGGGCAAUGCCGGCGUGAUGUGGGCCGCCUCCGGCCAGGGCGAGGCGCUGCCCGCCGCAGAGGGCGCCCCCUACCAGUACAGCUGCACGCAGCAGGCAGAGGGGCCGGCUAAACUGGACCCCGCGGUGCAGAAGCUCGACUCCUUCACGCAGGUGUUUGCCAGCCAGAACCUUCGGAUCCACCAGGGCGCCGGCGGCGGGGGCUUACUGGCUCACGCUCAGCCCCUGGGCACCUCCCUGGCCGACGCCACCACGGACAGCGCCCUCCGGCAGCUGCUCUCUCAGAAGCCGCAAGUCCUCGAGUCGGCGCCGUCACAGCUCAAGUUCCAGCAGCAGCAGCCCUUUGACGACGGGCAGGCCAAGGCGCAGGCGAUGCACGAGCUGCAGCAUCAUCAUCAUCGUCACCCUCAUCAUCAUCAUCAUCCUCACCCUCAUCAGCAGCUGUACUACGAGUACCAGCAGCAGCAGCAGCAGCAACAGCAGCACCAGCAGAGGGCAGCGCAGCUCCAGCAGCUCCAGCACGUCCUGCAGCAGCGGCAGCAGCAGAUCUUACAGCAGCAGGCGCAGCAGGCACAGCAGGCGCAGCAGGCACAGCAGGCACAGCAGCAGAGCCAGCAGCAGUUCUACCUGCAGCAGACGCAGACCACCACGGCACAGCAGCAGCAGCAGCAGCAGCAGACCACCCUGUCCGGCCACGCCCUGCUGCAGCAGCUGCAGCAGCAGCAGCAGCAACGCCACGCCUACUACCAGCAGCAGGCCAACCUCCUCCAGCUGCAGCAGCAGCAGAUGCACGCGCCCACCCCGGCGGUGCCCUUCCACCAAAGCCGCAAAGGCGUCGGGCAGGCCGGGCAGGCCUACGGCCCUCAGGAGCAGGGCCACGUCGGGCAACACGUCCAGAUGUCCCCUGCGCAGUCACAGUACUUCUACCAGGAGCAGCCCCCGCAGUACUGCCACGUCUACCAGCAGAGCGUCCAUCUGCAGCAGGCACAGCAGCAGGCACAGCAGACGCCCGUCCAGGAGGAGCUGCACUCGCCCACCAAGCACUUCCAGGCCGAGUCCAGCUGUGCCACCGUGGUCUCUGAGGUGAGGGACAGCAGCGUUAACCAGAAGGGCACACAUCCUUCAAUGAGCGCGCCCAGCCAGACCGGGCAGAGGGCCCUGGGCGAGAUGCUGCCCACAGUCCAGCUGGUGAGCAUCAAGUCUGAAAUUCAAGAGGAGCAGCAGCCGCAGCAGCAGCAGCAGCCACCAGCUGGCACUUUGUGGUCACAGGUGAUGUUAAAUGACAUGAAGCCCGAAGCGACAUCCCCAGAUGACAGCACCCUGGCCAGCCCAACCUUCCUGGACAGAACUGAAGUGAAGAGCAAGCUGGUAUGUGCCAUCUGCUUCAAAGAGUUUAAGAGCCUGCCAGCCCUCAAUGGGCACAUGAGGUCUCACGGCGGGAUGAGGGCAUCGCCCAGCCUCAAACCGGAAGACGGGGACAAGCAGCUGCCCAAAGAGGUGGAUGCCCAUCUGCCCAUCGUCAUGCCUGUCUCUGUUCCCGUAAAGCUUCUCCCUGCAGCUGCUAUGCUCCGCCAGCCCACUGAUGCCAAUCAGCUUGCUGCCGAUCAUGUUGACAGGUCUGCCCAGCUGCCGGCCCCUCCAGGACCACCAUGCCAGCGGCCGCUAGGGCCCCCACACGGCUGCUCCGACGCACCUCGCAAGCUCACAAAGGCCGAGAAGCCAGACAAGCGGGGUCAACACGAGAAGAAGAAGUACAAGCACCGGCCCGAGCCCCUCAUCAUCCCCCCGCCCUCCCUCACCCUCUCCGUGGGCAAUGCCACCCUGUUCCAGAGUCAGCUACGUUCUCCGCGGCUCCUUGGCGAGCCUCCUCCCUACACGCCGCCCCCCAUGCUGAGCCCGGUGAGACAGGGGUCCGGCCUCUUCAGCAGCGUCAUCCAGCACAGCCAGUCGACCAAGGCCGCCAGCCCCAUCACGCCCAGGGUGUACCUGGGAAGGAGCAGUGGCGCAGAUGGGCUCAGCGUUUCAGUGACGCCAGGACUGGGAGAGCAGCUCGCCAACAUUGAGCCGCACAUCAACUUGGGGCGCCAGUACCAAGCCGAGAUCCCGAGGCUGCAGAGCCGCUCAAAGAUGGCCAGCGAUGACCACCGAGCCAGCCUGGUGUGGACAAACCGGCCAGAGUUUGAAUCGGCCAGCGGGCAGCAGAAGGUGGACAACUUGGUGAACAUGGCCUGCUCCAGUGUGCUGCCAGGCGGGGGGACCAACUCCGAGUACGCCCUGCACUGCCUGUUUGAGACCCAAGGGGACUUCCUGGCCACCGUGGAGAAGCUGCUGAUGCUGAAGACGACGAGACAAGCGUCUCAUCCCCUGGCAGGUUACCACUAUGCUGGGUCUGACCAGUGGACCCCACUGGAGAAGAAGAUGUUGAAGAAGGCGCUGGUUAUUCACAACAAGGACUUCUUCUUGGUCCAGAAGAUGGUGAAGACGAAGACGGUGUCUCAGUGCGUGGAGUUCUACUACACCUUCAAGAAGAGGAUGCACUUGGGCAGGAAGCACCGCAGCCGGCUGAUGAGCGCCGAGGAGGAGGAGCAGCUGACCAAUCAGAAUGAAAACACCGAGCUGGACGAAGUCGAGGAGGAAAAGAAGUCCGCCCAGGAGGAGCAGCAGGACACCGCAAUGGUGGACGUGUCUCCAGAUGAUCGUGUCACUGCUCCCGAAGAGCCAGCUCCUGUGGAGAGUGCCGCUUUGGCCAACAUGUCCAGCUUCAGUUUUCCUUGCGAGAUGCCCAACUGUGGAGCGGUCUUCACAUCCAGACAGGCCCUAAAUGGCCACGGGCGAAUCCACGGGGGCACGACCCAGCAGGUCAAGCUGGUGCUGGGCAGCAAGAUGAAGGUGGGCUCGCAGUCGGACUACUCCUCGGUGAAGGGGUCUCCUGCUCACAGCACCACCAGCGGUGACACCGACCCCACGCUGCUCUUCCCCUGCAAGGAGUGUGGCAAGGUCUUUUUCAAGAUCAAAAGCCGCAACGCUCACAUGAAAACCCACAAGCAGCAAGACGACCAGGAGCACAAGAAGGUCCUGCACAUGCCCGCCAUGAAGCUGCCCUCCAGCCUGUCUCAGGUGAGCAGACAUCACGUGAUGUUACCGCUGGACCACAUGGGCCUGGUCAAGCGGCAGGGCCUGGACGAGGAGGACGAGGACCCCCUGCUGUCCUCCCAUCUCCUGCUGGACGACGACCACGGCGGUUACCUGCGUGAUGACGAUGAGCUGUAGCUGUGCCAGCGGCUGGACUGGGCAGGGGAGGAUCUCGGGGGUCUCUGGACGUGACGUGGAGUCAUUUUGCGAUGGAGACCAAAGUGCUGCAACACUGACUCUUUAUAAAGGGCGCUUGGGGCAUCCAGUAGGGGGUGAGAGGUGGCACGGAUGGGGAGCGAGUGGGCAGUUGGAUGGAGAGGCGCGCCAGUCGAUCUCUUCUCUUCACUAUUAAGUCAAACAAGCCAAGUUCAAUGGACGACUUUUACUGGGCAGGACAGAAUGACGUGUGCCACUUUCAAUGCCACCAGCCGCACUUCACGUCUUCAUGCCCGGCUUCCAGUAAAGUGUUAUUGGGGAACAAAAACGGGUCACACAGUGGGCCAGCACUUACCCCGAUGCCAAUCCAUGGCUGUCUGCCUUUCUGCAUUGCUUUACGUCGCAGGUUCAUUUUCUUGGUGUGCCAACUGUUUGCCACUCUGUGAAUUUUUAUUUGUUUCAAAUCCAGUAAUGACCGAGGUGCAGGUGCUGUGGUCUCAAACUGGUGAGUGCUGUUGGCAUCUCACUUAAGUCAUAAGCCAGGCACCUGGCUGGUGACACUCGAGGACAUUAAGUCAGUCACUGGCAGGGCCGUCCGAAAGUCAGCAGGAGAGUUGAUACCACCUUGCAUGCGAGGCAGUGCCAUGGCAUCUCUCUGGUGGCUCCAGCCGCUGGUCCAGACAAGUCGUAGGCCGUGGGUGAGUCGCUUGUGCUAAUCAACAUGUUGGCAGUCGUCUGUGCCAUCAGCGGCGAACCUUCUGCCCUCUUUGGAGGCGAUGAGUAAAUGAGCCAGUGGGUGAAAUGACAUUAAAUGUGAAUACUCGUCCAGAAAGGUCCUCAUAAUGUAACACUUGUCCCCAAAGCUGUCCCCAAGCUGUCCCCACUCCGUCAGCUUGGCCUCUUUUGUCAGUCGCUUUGGAAAAAAGGCAAUGACAGCACCAGAAACUGAGCCCCCCAGCCUCAAGUGCCCACCCACACUGCCUAGCCCAUUAAAGUGCCGUGAUCUGCCCACCUCAUAAAACUUAAAAUGAGUGCUUAGGGGGAGAGGAGAACCACGCAAAGCCCUGGCGUCGGACGGCAAAGCCACAAGGAAGGAAUCAAAAAGAGGGGCAAACCAAGGCGCCUGGGGGUCCGCGGCCUUGGCAGAGGACUUUGGACUCUUGUGGCACAUCUCCCCGUCCUUAUCGGUCUGGUGGGGUCACGUCCUCUUUGCGUCGUCUGGCGCUAACGUCACACCCGUCUCUUCCCGUCCUGCCACCACACGUUGAUUGUAUGGGGAAGCUUCCAGAAGAAUUCCGGAUUUGUUAAGAAUUUGGGCAAAUCCCGGCGGCGAUUCCGAAUUUGCUCAAUUUUACCCACUUGGCCCACGGUUUGCGUUUUUAGCAACACAGAAAGUCACACAAAGUUAAGGUGACAGGCUGGGGGGUCAAAUCUCCGCUCGGCUGCGUCACAUCCAACAAGUGUCACUAAUGUCAACGCGCCGGGGGGUUUCAAUAUAAGACACGGAAGAUGAUGUGUGGUGGGCUUCUGCUGACAAAAUACCUGCACGGCUUCUCAGGGGGCACCGUGCCCUCCAUGGUUGUGCCCAGUAUUGGGCCACCCACCCCAAGACCCUGAAUGAAUGGGAGGCCAUUAACACCACUGAAGCCUUUAUGGGCGGCGGUGAGACUGGCGUAGUUGGCAUCACCCUCCCCGUGCCGAGCUGAGGGUCGCCUUCUGUUUAAAAGCCAUGAAAGGGGGACACAGCGGCCAGAGUGAAAGGGGCCAGUCGGUCAGGGAGAACAAGUCGACAGGACACCAACGUCCUUCAGAGCGCCCGCCUGACCCCCACGUUCUCCUAAUGCUUGGUGGGGCUUUGCAGUGUAGCAGAUGGCAUCGCCCGUCCAGAAUGAGUUUCUUGUUCCUUGUGGCCGAUUUGUGUCCUUUUUUUAAAAUGUUGUACAUAAGAGGACUUUCAUGUAAAAUUCACAUUCAUUUUGGUAAGACCCCCUGGCGCGGUUUGCCCGUGCCGUACGCGGCUCAUUUUCACCGCAGAAGGGAUGUAAAUAUUUUUUGUAACAAUUCUGUUAUUUGAGGUUUUUCAUUCUUCUUGGUUUUCAAAUGGCUGAGGUGUCCUCUGCUUCAGGCCCAAGCAGUUGGCACUGAGACCACCUAAUAAAGCAGUCACCACCCUCGG